AUGGUCUCCUUAUCAGGCCUCUUCUUGGCCGCUUGUGCUUUCGCCAGCGCCUUCGCUGCCCCCAGUGACUUGAGCAAGCGAGCUAUCACCACCAGUCAGACCGGAACCAACAACGGCUAUUACUACUCCUUCUGGACCAACGGCGGUGGUAGUGUUAGCUACACCAAUGGCAACUCCGGUCAAUACAGUGUCUCUUGGACCAACUGUGGAAGUUUCACCUCUGGCAAGGGCUGGAGCACUGGCAGUGCCCGCAACAUCAACUUCUCUGGAUCCUUCAAUCCCUCUGGAAACGCCUACCUUGCUGUGUAUGGCUGGACCACUGGCCCUCUCAUCGAGUACUACAUCAUGGAGAGCUACGGAACCUACAACCCCGGCAGCAGCAUGACCUACAAGGGAACCGUCACUAGCGAUGGAUCGGUCUACGAUAUCUAUACCCACCAGCAGGUCAACCAGCCCUCUAUCUCAGGCACUGCAACUUUCACCCAGUACUGGUCCAUCCGCCGCAACAAGCGGUCUAGUGGAACUGUCACCACUGCCAACCACUUCAAUGCUUGGGCUUCGCUUGGAAUGAGCCUUGGGUCUCACAACUACCAGAUUGUUUCCACCGAGGGUUAUCAGAGCAGUGGAUCUGCUACCAUCACUGUUUCGUGA